AUGAGUCACCGUGCCUACUCUUACCUUGCCGUGAAGUAUACGGUUGACAUCGUCGGACGCGACGGUCGAACUAUCACACUUGCGCUGCAUCCACCGCACUCUCUUCCUCCUCCUCCUCCUCCUCCUCCUCCUCCUCCUCCUCCACCUCCUCCACCUGGAUUCGGUGUCAAGACGGAGUUAAGAAGACCGGAGGCGGGAGAGGCCUCAAGCGGCUGUCGCAGCGAAAACCCGCGCCUAGGCGUACCACCAUACCCCUUGGUCCGCAGGAAACAUUUGACCAGAAUCUUAUACAACAGCAAAAGGCGGAAGGCGGAUCGGGUCCCACUGUCUGGGAGUACCAUCGGCCCGUGCCAUUCACACGGCCCGGUACCCGACCUAGGCGUAUCGGGCUACUGUAAAUGCGACUCGCAUCUCUCACAUUUGUUAGAGUUCCAUAAAGGUCAUUUCAAGAAGGAGUCCUGAGAAGGACGGAGGCAGCCCGUCAGAUUGCAGCCUUCCAGACCACACAACUCAACGCGCACACACACAUGACAGUGCUAUCAGGGUACGAAGGGUCUAGGCCGGGCACGUUAAAAGCCAUAUAAAAGGGGCCGCAGAGCCCAUUUGCGGUACUAUGGCAUGGUGACCGUGAACCGUCAUUAAACUAGUUUGCUUGUCACUUCUACCCUGUGGCUAAGCUCUUCAGCCCACGCGCUUGAGAAGACAACCUCGAACAAACCAGCCGAGCCGUUAUUAGGGGCCCGCCCGCCUAAGAAACCUUAUGAAAGAAUGUCCGAGAUACAGUAUUAUGACGUCUGCAGGAACCGACGCGCUCCUCAACCCUAGUCCAGUGGUGCGGACGGAUAGUAUGCGAACUGAGCAAAUCUUUCGGAAAAGAACUCCUGGUAUUUGAUGCUGAAAUAUGCGAACGUUCCUGGACCCUCUUACCCUAAGUGUGACCGUGCCCAGCCUUUAUCAGUACAACGUGGAUGUCUGCUACCUUCCUGAAGUCCGACUGUCGGGAGAUAAUGAUGCCAGGAGUCAACUCACACCCCGCCCUGUACCACAUCGGCCCACGCGACUUUUACGUGACUGUACGCGUGGAGAACGGGCAAAAACUGGAGGUAUUUGAUCACCACUGCAUGAGGACCAUCCGUCGAGCGAAGUACGCCGACUUGGCCUCAAAUGAGCCAGUCCACACCCGCUGCGAAAACAUCGCAAUAACCCAGACCAUCCAUGGAAGACAACUGAGGUGAUUUUGGGCAUGUUCUUCGUCGUCCUGUUCAGGAGCUCAGUGUUACUGCUGUCGAUCCGACACCGUUACACUAUUGGAGACGUCGAAGAGGGUCAAUGCCACACCCGACCCGACGCAGUUCGUCCAGACAGGGGAGGGGGUCUUGGAUCUUUCGUAUUCGGCCUCCAUCGUUGGCGAAGAGAAUGGGUUAAACUGGCCAGACCAGCUGCCGCGGAUCAUCGCCGCAUGGAGCAGUGGAGUUUGAGACAUCAUCGAGGUCGACUAGAUCAGGGAUGAUCGCAACCGUAUCAAGUACAAGCGCUCGCAUACACGCGAAGUACCGGUGAGAUUCUUCUGUCAGCAGUAACAACUCCCAAUGCCAUACCAAAAAGUGUACUCCGUAGACUGGUGCCGGCUUAGGGCCACUAUGGCUCACGCAUGAUUUCCAGUAGACAUUGGCGAAUAUUUCUUUGUGCUUUCGACUGAAAGUCAACAACUAAAUAAUAAUACUUAGCCUCAUAACUGGUACAGGCCAGUAAUUAACACCACGCCAGAUCUGGGUUUUGGAGUUCGACUGGCCGACAUCGGAAUCAGUUCCAUAGGCGGAACUUACCGUAUGUAGAUUGCAGAACUUAUUAUGGAAUGAGUAGAACCCCGUGUUUAAAAAUCUAAAAGCAGACCCAGUGGAGGACAGCUCUCAAGAACGCGCCCUUGCCUCAGGGUAGUCAAGGACUUCUGACGAGCGGUACUUUGAACAAGGUAGGAUUAGCCUGUGCGUUCUUCACAUGCACAUGCCUAGGGCUCUCUCCAGAUCCCGCUAACCUUCCACGUUAAUCUCUCCCUCCCUCCUCUCGCUACAAAGUCUUGCGAACUCUUCCCAGAAGUAUUAACUGAGCGUUGUUUGACUGAGGGUGAUUGCCUUCUUUACCCCUAAGGACGAACUGUUGCAAAAAACCGUCAUUUCUAACAGAUAUUGUCGGCAAUCCUUUUUUGACCUUUACAGUGAAAUUUAUUUGCAGCUGCGAAGAUUCCCAUGUAAGGAUUCAGAAGACUAUUUGGCCAGCAGACACUUGCUUUCAAUAGCUUCUUGCCAAGCCAUUUCAGUACAUUUGUAUGGUAGCGGGGUCAAUUAAAACGCGUGGGCAACUAGGGGAGAUUGAGUUCUGUUCAUUUCAAACAUAUGGAAGGCGGAAAAUAUGGGAGGGUAAUAAGAGAGUACGGCCAGUAUCGUCUAGUCAGGCUAGGAUGGGUAGUGUGUGGUGGAAAGGCCGUGUAAGCUGGGGGCGGAUAAGGGGAAGGGAGAAACAUGCGGAAUGGUAAGGGCACUAUUCUCUACCAAACCCAUUCUACACGUCGCGUGAAGGUGAGGCCGUUAGUCGCCUUCUCGCACCACUUGGGGUUGGAGUUGUACAUAGACCGGAGGUCACCAUAAGGCGUCAGAGGUGAUGCGACCAAAAGACCCACUGCCACGACAAGAAACAUCUGGAGUUGUUUACUGGAUCUGGUGCAGUUGCGGGAAAAUCAACUAUGUCAGAGAAACUGGAAGACUACUCUGAACGCGAAUCGUCGAACACGCAGCAGCGGUGCAGAGGCAUGACGCCAACUCUCAGGUCGCAGCCCAUUCUACGAGACCCAGCCACACAUUCUUGAUCGAUGAGGCCGAAAUUCUCACAAGAGAUGUUAAUCGCGUGAGCUUCGAUUUGCUCGAGUCAUGGUUAACGGGACCUCAGUCUAUCAACAAGUGCAACGACAUCCUCACUCCAUAUAUCGUGCUGAGGCAUAGUUUGGAAAAAAUAAUUAACCACUCGGGGAGCGCGCAGGCCGGUGGACCAAAUGGCCGAGCCAUCAUCACGCUAGCAUCCAACACGGGUGAUGAGAUUUCAGCAGUUUACAACUUACAUGCCGGCUACCAAGCCAUAAGCACACCAGCGGACAACAAUUCAUGAUGAAUUGGAGAGCGGUUAAUUAUCAUAGGUAUGCGGUUGCAUAGCGACUGUAUCCAAUACACACUGCAACCUCCUGUGCGCGAAUCAUCCGUUUCUGUCACUGUCUCUGAUGAUGGGUUCAAGCGCGAAUCCGAAACGUCAGGCGAUUGCUCUUACUUCUUAGGAAUGGGUUGCUAGUUCCGACCACCUUUGUGUACGCUUACUCCUUGCUCCUGUGGAGCAGGUUUUGCUGGUCGCACGAGUCGACUGGGAUACGUGAACACAUCCCAGCAGGGCUGAAAAGGGCUAGGCUAGGAGCGCAAGCAGCGCCAUUGUUGCACAUUCUCUUGAUUCUGGGAAUCUCGUUGACACCAACGAAACCCUGCGAAUGAUUUACAGGGUACCAUCUAAUUACCCAAAGCCACCGACAGCGUCUACUCACAAUAGCAGAAGCGGCCACAGUUAGGUUAUGCGAAUCAGUCUUGUGCACACAGAAGCACUUCGUGCAGGCCCCGCAUUUACCAUGGUCGAAAAUCAGUUAACCUGCCAACUGCUUGCAGUUAUCUGUGAUUUCCUCCCCUCACCCCAUUAACACUGCUGUUUCCAACCCCCUCCCCAUCCGCCGGACUAGGCUGAUGCUAUGGUAGAGGUGCGCGCACCAAUCGCGUUACCGAACUCGCUCGUCCCAUUUGUACCUUAGGGCUCUCUCUCGGGCACCGUGGCGCGCAAUAUAGGCAGAAUAAUAUUACCCAACAUUACCUAGGUUGAUACUAUCUGCCUCUGCCGUUUCUCUCAUAUUCCCCACCGUCUGCUUGUUUAAAAAAGGUCUACUUGUAUCGUUUUCUCUUAUUACUCCCACGCUACCGUAUGAACGUUCCGGCCUGGUAAGGAGUUCUCGGAAGUUAUUCAUCUGCAACCUAGUCCAGUUUUAAGGUAGACUUUCAAUUGGCACCGGGGUUUUUUUUUCAAGCGGCCUAUUAACACCUUUCCCUCGCACAUGUCACCUUAAAGAUGUACAUUCCGCCCUUGCCGCGUGGUGUUCCGCGCGGUAAGGAUCGGGUGAAGGCCCCCAAGCAUCUGUGGUAUACAGAGAAUACCUACUAUACUUAUUUAAGUGGGUUUUAGUCGAACACGAUUAUUUCGGUCUGGUGUUUCAUCGUACAAGGUUGGGUCGUCUGUUGUAGAUGGUCUGGCGCAUUAUCUACAAUGACCUCAGCUCAGAUAGUUGAGAAGCGAUCGUUGUAGACACUUAGAGUUUAUUUUGUUUAAUUUUCCAGCUUAAUCUCGGUUGCUUUAUGUCAAUGCACUAAAACUUUUCCGUCCCAAAAACGAAUUUACCAAUUAUCUAUACUUAUUUUGCCAUUCCACACAUAGUCCACGCCCGUAAAACCCCUAUUACCACCUUUCCCGUAAGACAAGCAGUUUUGGCUGGUCGUGUGUGUUUGGGGUCCUUCAUCCGAUCGUUGUCUUCCGCGCAUUGGGUUUCCUUCGGCAUUGACGCCAACGGCAUCCUCUAUGUUUCAGCUCGCGACCAGAAGACGGGUCAGGCUCAGAGUCUCUUGGUGAUCAACGCCAUCACUAAUCUCCCCCGGUUUUUUACGCUCAGAAGUACUUCGUGCAGACCCCGCAUUUACCAUGGCCAAACUUCAGUUAACCUGCUAACUGCUUGCAGUUCUCCUCGCUUCCCUCCCCUCACCACAUUGACACUGCUCUUCCCAACCCCCUCCCCAUCCGCCGGACUAGGUUGACACAAAGAUAGAGGUGCGCGCACUGAUCGCGUUACGGAACUUACCGGUCCCAUUUGUACCUUGGGACUCUCUCCCUCGAGCAGCGCGGCGCGUAAUAUAGGCAGAAUACUAGUACCCAAUAUUACCUAGGUUGAUACUGUCUGCCUCUGCUUAUCCUAUCCUCUUCUUCACCGUCUGCUUGUUUAAAAAGGUCUACUUUUACUGUUUUCUCUUAUUACUCACACGCUGCCUAGUCCAGUUUUAAGGUGGCCUUUCAAUUAGCUCCGGGGUUUUUUUUCAAGCGGCCUAUUAACACCUUUCCCUUGCACAUGUCACCUUAAAGAUGGACAUUCCACCCCUGCCGCGUGGUGUUCCGCGCAUUGAGGUUUCCUUCGACAUUGACGCCAACGGCAUCCUCAAUGUCUCAGCUCGCGACCAGAAGACGGGUCAGGCUCAGCGUCUCCUUGUGACCAACGCCAUCACUAAUCUGCCCCAACGCGACGUCGAGGCCAUGCUGCGUUCCGCCAGUGAGGCUGCAGACACUGACCGACGCCGCCGCCUCCUCGCGGACGCCAAGCUGGCUGUGAAGAUCCUCGCUGGUGAUGUCCUCUCCAAGUUGACCACCUUUGGAUCCCAGUUGCCCACCGAGGAGUCGCAGAAUCUGCGUCAGUUCUGCCAGACGGCUCUCCAGAGGGCCGAGGAGGCCACGGAGAGCGACCUGGAGGCAGUGAGGAGUCUAAACCAGGAGAUUCAGGAGAAGGCACUCGCGGUUUNCAUCAAAUUCGUACCUCUUUAG